AUGGGUGAGAUGAGCAUGAAGACCUUCUUUGACUCACUAAACCUUUUGGAAACUAAAAGUUUAACUCUGACAAAGGAAGUCCUGAGAGAACGGAAGGAACUGGAAACUGCCCUCGCGGGGCUGCAGGCCCAAAUCAAAAUUGUGUGCGUGAAAGUGGAAGAACUGAGGAAGACGCAGGAAGUUCUGGAUCUGCACAAGAAAGACGUGGAGGCCAACAAAGAUUUUGAGUAUGAAAUAGAAGUGACAGAAUCUGUGAAGGAACCCACUGGGCUGUAUGUAACCAAUUGCAGGAAAUGUAACUUCACCUGCCACUUUCCUUGCUUGACACCAUGGAACCUUUUACUUCGCUUUUGUUCAGCUAUCAGUUUUUUCUCAGGAACAUGUAAUGUCUGUCCUGGACGUUGUUCAGUGAGCAAUCAUUUCAAAGCGCAAUACAGAUUACUACAUCAAGUUGUCAAAAAGACAAAGACCUUUGAAGAGUUGAAAAAAAAGUAUGAGAAAAGUAUGAAAAGCAAAGUGACCUCAGAAAAGCUGCUUGAACAUCUGAAGGCAGAGGAGAAAAUGGAAAAGGAAAUCUUAGCAGGGCUUAUUGUGAGAGCAUCCCAAAGCUACAAGCGCCUUCAGGAAAUUGCGCUGAAGUCCUCCCAUCGUUCCAGCUUGGACUACAUCAACCUCCUGAUCCAAGAAGAAGAGCGGGAAGCAAAACCAGGAUUCAAGGAAAGAGUCUUGAAACUGAAGAAUAUGAAGAGAGAGGCUGAGCUGGUGCAAAGGCUUGCCAGCACAGAUCUUAUGCCAGCCAAAGGAGAGCAUCUGCCGGAAGACAAGGAACAAAUGAAGGAAAUUACUGAUCAGUUCCUUAAAAAGCUAUGAAAGCAACAUGUUUCUGUGGGGCCUUUGGCUCUCUUGAUCUAUUGUUGUUCUUCUUGUUGUUGUUGUGCGCCUUCAAAUUGUUUCUGAACUUUGGCGACUCUAAGCAAACCAAUUGCGGGGUUUUCUUGGCAAGAUUGGCAGCCUUCCUCUAAGGCUUGAAAGGGUGUUGGGUUUUCUGCGGCUGAGGGGGAAUUUGAACCCUUGUCUCCAGAGUUGUAACCCAACACUCAAACUACUAUGCCCCACUGGCUCUGGCACUUAAGCUAUUCUUACUCUGUAUUUUAGAGGAUACUUUGGGAAGGGGGUAUGGCCAUGUGGUUGUUUUAGUUACUUAUAUCCUGCCCUUUUCCCAGUUUAGGACUCAAAGAGGCUUACAAAAAUUUACUGAAGAUGUUGGAAAUUAAACAUCUCUUUACUGUUACUUUAGUCAUCUAAUUGCUAAUCUAAAUAAUGAAGUUUUGCUCAGAUGAAACCACACACCUAAUUUAGAAUUUGAAGCCGUGGCUCAAAUAUCAUCAUGAGCUUAACACCUAGACCUAUUGAAUCAAUGGGAUUUAUAAAAAGGGUCGAUUUGAUUCAAAGAGUCUACUCUUGUUGGAACUCUAGUCUCUGGAUUUAGGCUCAUUUUGUGAGACUGGAGUUGUUGAAUUUACGUUUAAAUUUCAGUACCGUCUAAUUUUGUUUCUUGAUGCACUGCAUUUAAAAAACAAGCCAGCAUGGUGUUGUGGUUUGAGCAUUGGUCUAGGAGUCUAGGAGACAAGGGUUCCAAUCUUCUUUGCUCAGCUCUCUUCAGCAAGCCAUCCUCUCUCAGCCUCUGAGGAAGCCAAGGGCAAAACCCCAUCUGAACAAAUGUUCCCAGGAAAACCCUAUGAUAAGCUCACCUUACUAUUGCCAUAAAUCAGAAAUCACUUGAAGACACACAACAACAACAUCAAUGGAGAGAGAGUCCUUACCAGACAUGCCUUCACAUGUGGUAGGACCAAGAGAAAGGCCUCCCUUGAAGAACAAAGAGCUUAGCAGGCUGGCAGGAGAGAACUUGGCCUAUCAGAUAGCCAUAGAUAUAUGACAUUGUGGCGUCAGAGAACUGGGCAUUUCUACCAUUUCAGGAGCCAAUUUUUCUCAUACACAGCCAGAAAAUACAGAGGCUGAAGGAGGAGUGACUGCUCCCUUAAUGGCCUACAUUGAAUAAUAAUAAUAAUAAUAAUAAUAAUAAUAAUAAUAAUAAUAAUGUUUAUUUGUAUUUCCCACCUCUCCAAAGAUCAAAGCGAGAUUACAGCAAAAGAUAAUACAAAAUAGUACAGGUAAUACACAGUAUUAAUACUAUUACAGUCAAUAUAAAAUCUUAAUACAAUCAAUACAACACUAAUACUGAAUUGAGCAAUUCCUAUUAGCUCUCUAAAAUCAAUUUAUCAGUAGUCAGUGAAGAUAGUCAAAAGUGGAAAGUUGUUAUAAGAUUUCUAUGCAAUGUCUGAUGGAUAAGCCUGCCAGAAGGGAUCCUUUUUGAGGGCUUUCUUGAAGGCAACAGAUCUCUUCCGGAAGGCUAAUCCCUAAUUUUGGGGCUGCGGCUGUAAACGCUCUGUGGGAAGUUAUCAUUAAUCUAGUGUUAUGGGGUUCUAAUAAAUACUUCCCUGAUGUUCUGAGAGUGUGGAGCGGAUUGUGUAGGGAGAGGCAUCCCGCAAGUAA